CCUACGUCUCCUAGUUGCUAAGAGACAGAGCUUCCAAAAGCCAGACAGAGGUUCGCAGGCUUCUUUUCCUUCCUUUCUCCCGUUUAGCGUCUCCGAAUCCCGUUUCCAUGGCGGAGCAAGAAGCUAAUGGCUUGCGAAGCACCUUUCCCUCUUACAUGGCGGAGGGCGAGAGGCUGUAUCUAUGCGGGGAGUUCGCUAAAGCCGCCCAUAGCUUCAGCAACGGCGGCCUCAAUUUCCCAUCAUUGCCUGGGAGGCAACUUGCCGAAGUGAAGUCUCUGGAACAUGGUUGCUUAUGGAAGGUGGCUCUUCACCUUCAGAAUGGAGAUAAGAACUGCUUGGUUGCCCGAUCCAAGUGCUUCCUCAAGAUGGGAGAGUUGGAGAAAUCCCUAGCAGAUGCUGAGGCUUCACUCCAGGGCGACCCGACCUUCUGCAAGGGGAUUUUACAAAAGGCCGAGACCCUCUACACCAUGGGAGACUUUGAAUUCGCCUUGGUGUUCUAUCAUCGGGGCUACAAGCUGAGGCCUGAUCGGGAAUUCAAAGUUGGAAUCCAGAAAGCCCAGGAAGCCAUCAACAACUCAGUGGGAAGUCCCGCUUCAAUUAAGCUGGAGAACAGAGAGGACCUGUCCUUCUUAAGCAAGCAGGCUGAGAGGAUGCAAGCCCAGCAGAAGGCUCAUCCGGUGAGACAGUUCUUAUACCACCCCAAGAGGGAGUCCAAGCGGAAGGGCUCCCUCAAGAGUGAGAAGAUCGUCCGCCAGCUCCUGGGCGAGCUCUACGUGGACAAGGAGUAUCUGGAGAAGCUCCUGUUGGAUGAAGACUUGAUAAGAGGCACCAUCAAGCACGGCCUGACUGUGGAGGACCUCAUCAUGACAGGCAUCAACUACCUGGACACUCGCAGUAACUUCUGGAGGCAGCAGAAGCCCAUCUACGCCCGGGAGCGGGACCGGAAGCUGAUGCAAGAGAAGUGGCUGCGGGACCGCAAACGCCGCCCCUCGCAGACAGCCCACUACAUCCUCAAGAGCCUGGAGGACAUUGACAUGUUGCUAACCAGUGGCAGUGCUGAAGGCAGCCUUCAGAAAGCUGAGAAAGUGCUGAAGAAGGUUCUGGAAUGGAGCAAAGAGGAGGUGCCCAACAAGGAUGAACUGUUGGGAAACUUGUACAGCUGCAUAGGGAACGCCCAAAUGGAGCUGGGGCAGAUGGUGGCAGCCCUGCAGAGCCACAGGAAGGACCUGGAGAUCGCCAAGGAAUACGAUCUUCCUGAAGCCAAGUCCAGAGCCCUGGAUAACAUUGGCAGGGUUUUUGCCAGAGUUGGGAAAUUCCAGCAAGCCAUUGACACGUGGGAGGAAAAGAUCCCUCUGGCCAGAACCACCCUGGAGAAGACGUGGCUGUUCCAUGAGAUCGGCCGCUGCUACUUGGAGCUGGACCAGGCCUGGCAGGCCCAGAAUUACGGCGAGAAGUCCCAGCAGUGCGCCGAGGAAGAAGGGGACAUCGAGUGGCAGCUGAAUGCCAGUGUUCUGGUGGCACAGGCGCAAGUGAAGCUGAGAGACUUCGAGUCAGCCGUGAACAACUUUGAGAAGGCCCUGGAGAGAGCCAAGCUCGUCCACAGCAACGAGGCACAGCAGGCUAUCAUCAGCGCCUUGGAUGAUGCCAACAAGGGCAUCAUUGAAGAGCUGAAGAAAACCAACUACAGGGACAUACUCAAAGAUAAGAAGGAGAAAGAAGACGUGUUGGACAAUACAUCAGCAAAGGAGAAGGAAGCGACAAGGAGAGUGAGAGAUGAACCCGAGAAGGUGAUGAAGCGGUGGGAGCACGAGCAAAUGGAGAAUGAGAAAGAGAUGGAAGGUGACCUGUCUAAGGACACCCUGGGGACCGCAGCCAGUGGACAAGAAGGACAUGAGCAGAGAGGAGCCAUAGAAAAAGCCAGCCCCUUAAGGAGAACAGAACAGGCAGCGAUGGGGAGGGAUCCAGGAGAGGCUGCCAAAGAACACUUGGGAGAAGCAGGCAGAACACUAUCCGAACUGAAGAGAGGAGAAACGAGAGAAAUUUACAGGAGGCCUUCAGAUCUGGACCAAAACCUCUCAGAGGAAUUAAGCACAAGGGAACCGGAAGUCCUGGAGAAGAAACUUUCAGAAACUGGCAGAGGAGAGUCGGAAAGGUUGGAGAAAACAGAAUCGGAAGAAAUAGGGGAAACGGAAAACACUGAAGAAAUGAGAAAAGACGAGAAGGAAGAUGAGUUAGCCCUGGAGUAGGCAUUAGGAUCAGGAUGCUGGGGUUCACAGGGACCGUGGAGGUCUUACUAAACCGGACCUUCACGCUGAGUUGUCUCUGCUAGAAAAACACAUGGACUGGGUCCCCCAGGUCAUCUUUGUCUCUUUUACUGUUUUCCCUUGAAAUACGUAGCUUUCACUCUCACAAAUCCUGAGUCAAUUAUUUUGCCUCCUCACCCCCCACCCAGUCUUGGAAGAGCCAGAGAGAGUGAGUGAGUGGGCCCGGCCCCACUUUCCCAGCAGAACCCUGAUGUUCGGACUAGGUGAGAAAUACAAGACUCCCGAACAAGGCCAGAGUGGGACCAAGGUGUGGAAGGUGUCCUGCCCCAGGCCCUGUCCAAAGAGCUCCUGGGAGAAAUGAGAAAGGUGCUCAGAGGAAAGGGUCUCAGGGAGUUCCUGUUGUGGCUCAGCGGAAGUGAAUCUGACUAGUAUCCAUGAGGACGCAGGUUCAAUCCCUGGCCUCUCUCAAUGGGUUAAGGAUCCAGCAUUGGUGUGAGCUGUGGUGUAGAUCCCAGACAUGGCUCGGAUCUGGUGUUGCUACAGCUCCAAUUUGACCCCUAGCCUGGGACCCUCCAUACGCCACAGAUUUGGACCUAAAAAAGCCAAAAAAAAAAAAAAAAAAAAAAAAAGGAAGAAGAAGGAACAGUUUCAGGAGAAUGAAGAAAUGGGUGAGCUCUAAGGAACUCAAAACCCUUAAGGAGGGGAGGACAGAGAAAGGCCUGGGAGUAGAGGUACAUCUGCCCAGCUGCUGGCCAUUGGUUCAUCUUGCUGAGUACCUACUGUGUGCAGAGGACUGUGGGAGGCUUUCUGGAAGAAAUAAGGAUGAGACCUCUCAUCCAUCACAUAGUGAAGGCAGCCUACUUGUAAACCCCUAAGCCUGGACAGCCGAAUGAAAUGCACGCUGGUGCUGGUGGGACGCUGGGCUCUAGGACCCAGAGGGAGAAGGAAGGUGUCUGCCCCAGGACUGUGGGAGUAGGAGCUGCAGCUGAUCCCGCCUCCCGCCACCAUAUAGUCAAGUAAACCGUUGUCUGCAAGGCUGUUUUCUCACACCUGAGGUUUAUAUGGGUACUUAGCACAGCACCUGGUACACAGGAAGCUCUUGAAAACCCACCUCAGCUUUCAGUGGUUUCACAGAGGGGGUGGCUGAGCAGCUGCCUCAGAGGGUGAGUUAGGAUUUCACGUUAUUCAUCUAUCCCUUUGGCCAUUGCCAUCCUAAUCCCAUCUCCACAAUUCCUGAAGUGUUGGGGUUGGUGGGGGCAGAGGCUGACUUUAGGCUGAGGCUAGGGGGAGGCAAAUGAGUCAUUUCGAAUGCAACUUUUAAGUAAUGUAGGGUCCAAAAAAACUCACUGAGAAAAGAGAAACUAUUUUAAUGCAAUAUGGUUAAAAAAAAAAAAAAAAA